AUGUCUGAAUCUUUCUUUUCGUAUACUGUCUCCCGGAAAUAUCCCUACAGGUGGUUCACACCAGUGGCUAUUGCCCUGCUUGUCAUAGUCACGGCUGUCAUCUCGUUUGUCAAUGUUAUAACGACAGGGUACGAGCUCGUGGCCAUAUCGUCCAAUACCCCAAACGACACGGUCCGGAACCCGCACUUGUAUGGCGAUCGCAAAUGGCCGUCAUGGAUGACCAGUAAAGCACAGGCAACCUGUGCCGAUGCCACGAUUCCGCUCAAUUCCGACGCUUUUACCAAUAACAGCGCGUUCCCUUAUACCUUGCAGAAAGUUUCGAGAGCCAACCGUGCCGGCACGACUGUCACCCUAGGCUCGCUUGUGUACCAUGAGCAGCCUCUCAUGGAUUGCGACGUAAACUCGAUCAAUAUUCAGGUGCUCGGCCGCUACACUCAAAACGCCCGUCAAUCUGCCGUCUCCAAAGCUGGCGUGCUCAUCCAAGCAUAUGCAACAUGCUCCAUCGACACCGACACGUCACCGACCGACUCGAUGAGUGGUCCUACAUAUUUCGACCUCGUUGCAUCAUACAAUCUCAUCGACCCGACCGUGCCUCGCUUUCUGGCCCGCAACAAUACUGCACAACCCAGCCUGUACUGGGGUGAGUCCCUUCUGCAGAUGUACUGGAUGGUUUUUGCGCGCAACUACCUCUUGGCCGCCGACGGCAUCGUGGAGAACGAUCUCUAUAAUGCAGUCAUCACCCUGACACGGAGCGCCAACACGACCAUCGGCACCGCCGCCGAAGUCGAGAGCCGAGAUUUCUUUGACGUCUCCUGUUUUGUGGAGAAUGGCAAUUACUGCAACCACUCGAGUCUGCCAGUGCUGAUGCAGAGCGAUGGAGGAACCGGAACUCCGUACCCAUCAAUCUGGUCGUCUGUUGAUAUACUAGGCAAGGCCAUGUGGUUCUCGGUCUUGACAGAUCUCGGUCGCAACCAGACCGCCGUACCAAACAUGCUCGUCGACCCAAGUUUGCUCGCCAACCUGACGUCCAACUACACCGCGGAGCUCGAGGCGUGGCCGACUCACCGCGAUGGCAUGAGAGUAACCACAGACCCCAACCUGGCGCAGGAUUCAUUUGAUCCCAACGCCACGCCUCUGCCUGACUUAAACGCGACGCAGAGUACCUUCUCCAUCAACUACCUUUGCCAGGUACCUCGGAUCAAGUCCGGCGGCACAUUAUUCUUCACAGUACUCGUUGCUGAUUUUGCGUUUCUGCAUACAGCAUGGACGGUACUCGUACUGCUUGUCGGGUUUACAAUACAGCGCAAGGAUCCCACACGCAACUUCUGCGAGGGUUGCCAAGAGGCUCUUCAUACAGCCGUACCACCACAUUCCCAACAAGAUGCUUUUACGGGCAAAGUGGAGACACGGACGGCUGCUCAGGAGUCGGGUGACUCACUGAGCAAUGACUACAAGGGAUAUGCAAGCAUCACUCAGACGGAGGCACUAUCACCCGUGGCAUAG